UGACGUUGCAAUUUCAAAAAUGCGUUUUCACUAGGGUAUUUGUACAUUACCACCGUAUCCUCUGCUCUCUCCCAGCAAAAUUAAGCAAAUGCGCCUGAAAUUCUCAAAUAUUUACUUAUCGUUUGUAAAAUGUAUCAUCAUAAACUGAAGAACUCUAAGCACAAUUUUUAGACCUUUUCUUCAAUUAAAUGACCUUGCCUCAGAUAUCAGAGAAUUCUUAUAAAAUCAUUCUUAUUUUGUUUGACAGAUGCCUAAGCAGUGCAGUUUUAAGAACUGCAAAAACGUUCAAAUUUCCGGCUGUGAAAAAUCGUUUUUUCGGUUUCCCAAGGAUCCUGCCAUACAGAAAAUUUGGCUCAGCCAGUGCAACGUAACCGCCUGUCGAGACAAUGGAAGGAUCUGCAGUGAUCCUUUUUCGACUGAUGACUUCGAAGAGCCUGUAAUCUUCAAGACAAGCAGAGGUCGGCGCUUAAAGAUUAAUGCUAUUCCCAACCUACUUUUAACUGCAUCUGUUGACAUUCCUGAAUCCCACAAAAGUACUAAGGUAAUUUCUUAUUACAAAAAUUUUCUCGGACAACGGUAGAACAUUUUUAGGAGCAAGCAUUCACCUUCGAAAACAGUUUGAUUCACUAACAAAGGAUCCGGAUAUCCAAAAAUACAUGACAGAAAAUAUGAUAGAAUGGAAAUUCAACCCUCCCAAUUCUCCUUAUCAUGGUGGA